AUGGAGUUGAGCGCGAUUGUAUUAUUGACCAAAUUACUCGAAUGGGUGCAAAAUUCGUUGAAUUUGCAAAAAGCGCCUGUAUACGGAUGGACCGACUCGUCUGUCGCCUUAGCCUGGUUACAAGGCCAUCCAUCGCGAUGGAAAACCUUCGUCGCAAAUCGCGUAUCUGAAGUCCAGACUCAACUCCCUUCGGUGCAAUGGAAUCACGUCUCAUCGAGCGAUAACCCCGCGGACUGUGCGUCGCGAGGUGUAUCGCCGGCUGCAUUCAGGGACUUUACGCUCUGGUGGCACGGCCCUGCUUGGUUAAGUUCUACGGAAUCCGCGUGGCCAAUUCAUAACCAUAAUCAAAAUCGACCCGACGCUAAUCGAGAAAUCGUUGAAUCUGAAAUAAAACUCUCUUCCGUGUGUCAUACUCGAGUCUCCUCGGAAUGGGAGCUACCGCAUAUAGUUUCUAGCUGGACGAAAUUAAUUCGAGUUACCGCGCUCGUGAAACGAUUUAUUCAAAAAUUAAAACGCGAAUUUACUGCGCCAAAAACGACGGAGUUGUCAGCUGUCGAGCUCAAGGAAGCUUCCCUUUUUUGGCUUCGGUACGUACAGCUCCAUCAAUUUCCGUCGGAAAUUAAGGUUUUAAAUGCGAAAGGUUCAAUUCCGAAAUCCAGCUCCUUGUCGACUCUCUGUCCUUUCCUCGGAGAAGACAAAUUAAUACGCCUGGGCGGGCGGAUCGAAAGCUCGCCGUUGAGUUUUAACGAACGGCAUCCCAUUAUUUUGCCGAAGCAUCGCAUCUCCGACUUAUUAAUCGCGCACGCGCAUAAAGCCGCCCUUCAUGGUGGCACUCAACUUACGCUACGAAUUUUACGACAAAACUAUUGGAUAAUUUCCGCUCGCACCAGCGUCAAAUCCCACAUUCAUAAUUGCGUAAGAUGUGUCCGCAAACGCGCGCGUCCGUCGCAACAGCUGAUGGGGAAUCUUCCCGUUCAUCGAGUCAACCCAUCGCCCCCGUUCACGCAUACGGGCGUCGAUUACGCGGGACCGAUGAGUAUAAUUCCAGUCGUGGGAAGAGGUCAAAAAUCGAGAAAGUAUUACGUGGUCGUAUUUAUCUGCCUUGCGACUAAGGCUGUUCACUUAGAGUAUGUGGACGACUACACUACUGCCGGAUUCCUCGCUGCUUUCAAACGUUUCGCGAGUCGUCGUGGCCUCCCGUCAGACAUUUACAGCGACAACGGCACGAACUUUCAGGGCGUAGAUAGGGAAUUGUACUCCGUUUUUCAAAGACUUAUCGCCGAUCCUGAACUUAAAAACACCGUUGCCAACGACAACGUAAAAUGGCAUUUUAUUCCUCCCGCCGCGCCGCAUUUUGGCGGACUCUGGGAAGCCGGCGUAAAAGGAUUGAAGUUUCAUCUUAAAAGAGUAACCGGCUCGCGUACAUUGUCGCAAAUCGAGUUCGCUACGCUACUGUGUUUUCGCCUUGUGAGGAAACCUCGAUCUCCGGCUAUACCACCGCUGCCACCAAAAUGUUGUGCCUCAGGCCGCACCCAGGCCGCUCUGACGUUUCCGAGGCAGAGCUGGGUCGGCAGGGACGGCCACGCGUGGUUACCCGAGGGACAUAGCCCGGAGGGUUUACCCAAGGGGCAAUGCCCGGAGGGGACCACGCGGGUCGGCCGUCGAGGCCGCUCGGACAUUUUCGAGGCGGGGCUCAACGGCGAGUGGGAAGUCGCAUGGUGCUGGUCGGAGAGCGUGCUCUCGUCCCAGCGUCCCUGCGACUUGCCAUCCUCGGGCCGCUCGGACGUUUCCGAAUCCGGGCCGAGGAUAGCGGAGAAGGCGCGUCGCGGUUACCCGAGGGCGGGUCGACUCAGACACGAGUCUCUCAAGCGGCCAUGGGUAGCAUGCAGAAACUUGAGAAAAAGAAAGGCCAUAAGGUCGAGGUCGAGAAACAAUUCGGCAUCGACACCGGAGGAUAGCAAUCUGAGUAAUACCCUCACCGACCCCUACGAUAGUCUGGAAGAGGGAAAGAGGAAUAACUCCGUGUUUAGAAGCCAUACGAAGUUGCUGGAUGCGGUGAUAACGCACAAAAUUGAGGACAACAACCAGCAACAACAGGACGAUCUGCAGGAGCAAAUAUUGCAAAUCUCGCAAAGCGCACAAAUGCAGCAAAUCCUGUUAAAAGGAAAUAAGGAAGCGCUACCCUCAACCAGCAGUAUUCCCGGUGCAUAA